AUGAAUAUACGCAAAAAUAGACAGGUAGUUCAAGAAUAUGAGAGAGCAGUAAUAUUUCGCUUGGGACGCUUAAUGCCCGGAGGAGCAAAGGGUCCCGGCAUAUUCUUCAUUGUUCCAUGCAUAGAUACAUAUCGCAAAGUGGAUUUGCGAGUAAUUUCCUUCGAAGUGCCUCCUCAGGAGAUUCUUUCUAAAGAUUCUGUCACGGUGGCUGUUGAUGCUGUAGUUUAUUUCCGAAUAUCCAAUGCAACCAUUUCAGUUACAAAUGUUGAAGAUGCUGCAAGGUUAGCAAGUCAUUUUUAAUU